AUGAAAGAUUAUACCAACCGUGAACCAACUGUCGAACGUAUUCGUGCUGUCAGUUCCAUUCAGGACGACUAUUCCGAGUUUAAGAAUAAAACUGCCAUUAAACGCAUUUUCGACCCAGUGAGUGAGUUGUACUGGACAUAUUAUGAGAAUAUUACUUUGAAAAAAUCCUCAAAGUCCGACAAAAGUGAUCCUACCAUCGUAUUGUUGCACGGCAUUUGCGGUACUGCCGGAUGCUACUUUUAUUUGUUCAAUAAACUGACAGAACUGGGAUACAGGUGCAUAUCCGCUCAGUAUCCUGAGUAUUUAACGCCGUAUGAGUGGAUUGCCGGGUUUUUACACUUUAUAGAAUACUUAAAUUUGAGCAAGCCCUGCGUUUUUGGCAGUGACUUGGGAGGAUUUCUUCUGCAAUUGUUCGUUCAACGUUAUCCUGAUUCACUAAAUAGCAUAAUUCUUUGCAAUUCGUACAGAAGGACUGAUGCCUUCAGUGUAUCGCCUGAAUUUCGUGACAUUUAUGGCAAUAUUUACUCUAUUCUCCCACAUAUUAUUUUAAAGGGCUUGUACAUUGAGUAUUAUAUUUGUCCUAAGAAUGACGACUACAAUCAACAUAAAGUUGAAUUGCGGGAGCAGUAUGCUAAGGAGUUCAUGGCGUAUGAAUUGGACCAGUUAUCAUCUAACGAUUUGGGAUCACGAAUAACGCUACAAUUAACUGGCGAAUAUGUUUACGAUAAGGACCUGAGUGGCUUUAAAAAGGAUAAAAUAUUGCUCAUAGAAACCAAUAAUAAUAACAUCCCAGAGGAGCUUACACAGGACAUAAAAGCAUGGUAUAAAAACUCUAAGGUUGGAUACAUUAAAAACGGUGGCGACUUCCCCUAUCUAACUCGCCCCGAUGAAAUUGCUGUAUACAUUCAGGUUCAUUUAAACAACAUUAAGUAUUCUCAAGAGAAUAACUACAAUAAACUCCUGUCAUCGGACAGCUUCAAUGAUUCUCGCGGUAAAACUAAGACCGGUAACAUUAGUAGGGAUGAAAAGGUUGAAAUUGACUACGAUUCUGAGAACAGCGUAAUCAAUUUAUAG